ACCUAGCAGUCUAGCACAAGUACUCAAUCAAAGUAUCAUACUAUCAAACAUUCAAACUAAUGUAAAUUCAGUUUAGCAUCACAUUCACUCGAUCAGCAUUUGACCCUCCAAGUCAUGGCCGGAGGUAACCCUCAAAACCCUCCUUCUUCCUCCACCGCCACUUCCCGCCGCAAGUCCCGUCGCAAAUCCUCCGCAAAGAAUCGCCGGUUUUCCAAUUCCAGACCCUCACAAUUCGGGUCACGUUCUGGAGAAAAUAAACCCAGGCCCUCUACAAAACACACUGCAACCCCAACCACCCCUCCAACCCAUAUGCUUAGACCCGUUAACUCGUCCCCUAGACCCGACGAGGCCACGCAUUCUGCGAUGCCCUCGCUCCGUUUCCUUGACCAGCCUCAGCCUCCGCCUCCUGCGAAUGCGAAUGGCGUCCACUUACUCGAACGCAGGACGCUUGUGCUCGCGGAUGGUUCUGCGAGGACUUACUUCGCAUUGCCCCCGGAUUAUCAUGAUUUUUCACCGUUGCCACCGAGGGAAUUUCGUGGUCCGGGGUUAGGGUUUGAUAGAAAUUUCCCGGUGAGUCCAGAUUUACGGCCGGAGUUCCGGGAUGAUCCGUUUUUACAUACCAGGAAUCAUGAUUAUCAGGGCUCAUUAGGCCUAGAAGAGCAGGGGGGUGGACCCGUUACGGGGCCUGGGCAUGAAAAUUCAAUGAAAAGGAAGUUUUGGGAUGACGAAACAGAAGCAAAUGAUUAUAUUGAUAGGAAAAGGCAGCAGCUUCUGCAGCUGGGAAAUUUAGGUGACAAUUCACAAGGAAUGAAUGAGUUGCAUACAGGUAGAGGGUCAGAGGAAAUGAAAGUUGCUGAGGUGAAUACACAACACCUUAAGCACCAUGAGGUUGAUCAAAAAGCCUUAAAGAAGGCAUUUUUGCGUUUUGCCAAGUCAGUGUAUGAAGUUGCAAAACAGAAAAAUCGCUAUCUGGCCAAUGGAAAGCAGGGCCAUCUUCAAUGUGAAGUUUGUGGCAGGGAAUCAAAAAGAUUUCGUGAUAUGCACAGCCUUAUUAUGCAUGCAUACCAUUCAGACAAUGCUGACUCUACAGUUGAUCACUUGGGAUUUCACAAAGCUUUGUGUGUUCUGAUGGGCUGGAACUAUUUGACUGCUCCUGAUAGUUCAAAGUCAUACCAGUUGUUAUCUGCUGGUGAAGCAGCUGCAAACCUAGAUGACUUGAUUAUAUGGCCACCACUGGUGAUAAUUCAUAACACUAUAACAGGAAAACAUGUAGAUGGCCGUGUGGAGGGUUAUGGGAACAAGUUUAUGGAUGAUUACCUUAGAGAUAUCGGGUGUAAAGGUGGGAAAUCAAAAGCAUCAUUCAACAAAGGCGGCUAUCUAGGCAUUACCUUGGUAAAGUUUUCCGGUGACCAAUCUGGUUUGAAGGAGGCUAUGAGAUUGGCAGAGUAUUUCCAAAGAGGCAACCACGGGAGGGGAAAUUGGGCCCUUGUGCAGCGCGUAACUUUAUACAAGGACGAAGAGAACAAUCCCGACCUAGUAAAGGUUGACCCUCAAACAGGGGAGAAAAAGAGGAUCUUCUAUGGGUAUUUGGCUAACAUUUCCGAUUUGGAUAAGAUCGAGGCCGAUACCAAGAAGAGAGUUUCUGUUGAGAGCAAAACUGAACUAUUGUUGUCACAGUAGACCCAUGUUGGGGUAUGUUGUGCUAGGAUGGACAACUAUCACGAUUUCCUUCGUCUCCUCGAUUCUUGGCUAAAUUAUCGACACAUUAUGCCUUGUCAAUACAGUCCUAGUGGAUAUCCAGUACAUAGUAAAUUUCAACUUGCAAAGUUGAUUGGUUGAUAUGUUAAUUGUGCAUGCUGACAUUUUUUUUUUUUGUCUUUGUAGCCCUAGGUUCUCAAGAUUUUCUCCAUUCUUGAAAGCCAAUGGCAAAACAUGUGGUAACAUCUUGUACCUACUACUUGAUGAAUUAUGAAUAGAAGUAUGUAUGAGUUCUUGAUUUA